AUGAUAAAAGACUUAAGAGUAAAGGACGUAUCCUGGUUUGGAGGGAUAUUAAAGUGGGACUACACAGAAUGUGAGGGCAACUCGGUAACGUUAUUGGAACGUGCUGGGGAUAGCUCUAAAACUGUUAUUCAUUACCGAGGGAGAAAAAGGCAAUGCAAGAUAGUGGGUCUCAACCCGAACACGAACUAUACCUUUACACUGCAACUAGACGAGAGGAGAAACCUAUCACUCCACAACACCAGAAAGAGCUCUGAUUCAUCUCAUCACAAUGAGCACUUGAGCUCUACUACUUCACUUUUAAAACCUGAUAUACCAGAAAUAAAGGUAGAUGAUUAUGAAAAUCAGAAAGAGGGCGAGUCUGAGCAGAAGAUGGAGAAUCUAAUAAAUGAUGAUGCCGUUAAACCGACAGAAUCAUCUUCGGAGGAUGGGAAACAUGACAUAGAGAGUGGACAGAAUGGCAACGGGGAUGAACAAAAUGACACAGAGGAUGCAGACAAACAAUUAGAUUUACAUUAUGCAUCACCUCCAACAUCACCUGAGCAAACAAUACCCGAAAAUGAACCCGAAUUAUUAGUAACAGACAAUGAAAAAUCAGCAGUAGAAUAUGCUCCAACAUCUCCAACGACUGUAGAGUUGGAAGUGACGUUCAGGACAGAAAAGUGUGGUAAGCAUGACGCGCGGUUGAUAUCAGCUAUUGAGAACCAUGAUAUGGGAGAAGUUGUAAGGAUAUGUUCGCAGUCUCCUGAGGUAAUAAGUAUUCCAGAUAAGACGGGGGUCACACCGCUGAUGAUAGCUGCUGUUAGAGGUUACCCCAGUAUUAUAAGAAUAUUGUUAGAGGCUGGUGCUAACCUCGAUCAGCUCAAUCCUGGUGGAAAGACGGCACUAAUGUUAGCAGCAUAUCACGGUCACUCUCACGUGAUCACAACACUGAUGGAACUGGGCUGUGACUGGCAGAGACUGGACAAUGCUGGGUGCACUGCACUGCACUACUGCGUGGAGAGAGGAAACAUAGACAUAGCCCAGACGCUGAUAGAUAGUGGAGCUGAUAUCAACAUGCCUGAUAGUCGGGGCUACACUUGUCUACUCUCCCUCUGUAUUAAUGAUAGUGAGGACGUACGAAUGGCCAAGUUUCUCCUGGACAACGGAGCUGAUCCUAAUCUGAAUCUACAGAGAGGGGAGACAAUGCUCAUGGCAGCUGCUAGGUCCAAUAAACCUGGCUUGGCGAGAGUUCUUAUCGAAUAUGGAGCAAAUGUCAAAACGAAAACAAGAUACGGGUACACAGCACUAGAUAUGGCCAGGCCGGCAUCGGAAUGUUAUGACGUCAUUUCAGAGUGUCCCUUGGAAGAAACCGAUUCAGAAAAUGAAGAUGACGAUUUGUCCUCUUGGUUGUCGGACAGCGAGCGAUGAGUUAUUUGAUGAAAGGCUUACCUCUUCG